GAAGAUUUCAUUUGUCGGAAGAGGUUCUUAGUCCUCGAGUAGGUUAUGAAUAUCCCUGCAGUUGUAUGGUAUUUGUAGUUGCAGGGAGCGAGGACUUUUUUUGAAUGAAACUAAAUGCUUGUCGUGAACUGCGAUCUUCAUUGAUGACGGCUUAUACAACCUGAGUGGUACAACUAUGUUUCUUUUACAAUCAGAAUGACUGAUUUACUACUCCGAGGAGAGUCGGCAAUGAUCGCAACUGCCGUACGUCCUAAGGAGAAACGAAAGCGGCGACUGCUUUCACCACUGCAAACCUUACCUCAAGCAGUUUUAACGGAGGAUGUCCUCGGCUUUUUGGGCGGAGCAGAUCUAGCGAGGCUUGAAUGUAUGAUGUAUGUGUAAAUGAUUACAUCUGUGAUUAUCCUAAUUCGCAUCGCGCUGUAAAGUACUUACCAUGAGUUUACCUCUGUGUAAGUUUUGCUUCAAACUUGUCCGGUAAGGGUCAAACCUGAAUUGCAUGACCAUGACCAUGGCCAAGGGUUGAAGCAUCAGCUUGAAGCAUUUCAGCCACUAAGUACAUGGAAGAAGAAAGCUCGAUGUGCAGGACCGACAACCUAACCUGACCAGAGGAAGUCACUUUUGGCUCCUCUACUACUGUAGAACAGUAUAGUAAGUCAGUGUUCGUGUUAUAAUCAUAAUCCAGAAGUAGAACUUGUCAUCGUCCUUGUCAUCGAAGCUGCUACUUCAUCUCCCGUACCUGUCGCUUUUUCCGCCUCGUGGGUGAAGCAGUGGCGCAACGUCAUGUACGAAAGAAGCUGCGCCGGAUCACGGAGCGCAGCGAAGGUCUCUUCAGUGUGCAGUACGCGCCGAUUCUAGCGAACGAUGACUCGUCUCCAGACGAUUCAAACGAAGAGGAAGAAGAGGAGCAGAAUAAUAAAACGACUUAGGUGGCAGACUUUUUGUACAGUUGUACUUAAUUGAUUCAAAUUCAUUCUCCCGAGUACGGCGCGCGUACCUACCUCUCAGUUUCUGGCGUACCUACCUCUCAGUUUCUCGCACUGAGAACAAGAUGAAUUGAAGGUUAAAGAUGAUCGAGAAGCUGUGAAUUCUAGAGAGAACCUCUAACGAGUGGCGGAGGGUCGUGCAGGCGAUGUCAGAUUCGUUUCUUCCUCUCGUGCGCGUCCAAAGCGGGUGGAAAAGGAGCAACGGCAAGUGCCUUACGAAAAAUCAGCGAAAGAGAGUUGGAAGAGUAUCCUUUACCUGUACGAGAAGGGCUUUUUCCGACCAGCGGUUAUGCAUCAGUUCGACUGGCGGAUUUUGCUGCGCUUUCCCGAUGUAUGGCACUUGCACUACUUGGAACUCUACGACCACGUCACGCUGGAUCGCGAUCUGGAUAGGGUGCCCGAAAACGCGAAAUACGUACUGGCAGCUGCGUGGCAGGACAAAGAUAUGAAGGACGGAGAGGAAAGCACAGAGGAUGGUGAGGUUUAUGGAUCAAUGAUGUUGCAUUAUGGUUAUAAGAGGCGCUAUGUUCCUCGUGUGACCACUACUUCAGUUAAAUUCAGUUCUAUGGAAUGGAAACAAAUUAUGAUGAUCUGCAAGUUGUAGCCUUAGACAUCACGGGAACAGUUAUGGAUGACGACCAUUGACUGCUAAGAUCUGAACAGUGAUGUGGUGGAAGACGACGCACACGACCCCUUCGGAGGUAGUAGACCACCUCAGAGACGAACGUCGAGACGGCCACUCCCCGCACGUGGCAUGAUUCGGCAGUACUACCGACAAAAAGGUGGCUACUCCUCGGCACGCUUUCGCGAACCUGCGCUCGAACGUCGCUCCCGAUUGGAGCUGGAGGAUGAUGUCAACGACGGUCGGGAGCAGGAGAACGAUGGUGCGAUCCCUGGAGUAACGUUCGGGGCAGAUAUGUUACUGAGGCAUCCGUUGUUGAGCAGCAGUGACGGAAGCCGAAGCAGUUCAUCUGCUCCUUCCUACGUGGCAUCUGGAUCUGGAGAAAAUGUGGAGAAAAUUGGUCUCCUGAGUACAGCCACACCUCCGACAUUUUUAGGCGAACCAACAAGUAGCACUAAUAUCAACACGAAGGUGGAGGUGAGACAAGAAAGUCAGCAGCAGGGUGGUGGCUUGCCACUGAUGCAUUUCGCCGAGUAUGACGGGAGUGGACAGUGUGUGUUUGAUGCGCGUUUAGUUUCGGAAGAAGAACGACAGGUUCUCGAAGCCGCAGAAGCCGCACUGUCAAGAUCGAAUUCAUCCGUCAGUAGCGAUGGUGCUCCUGGGACAACGAGUGGAACGUUAAUAUCGCACUCCGCGAGCCUGCGAGUAGUAGAAGGAGAAGGACAAACCCAAACGAGCGCACGAGCAAGUGGCGCGCUUCACCAAUCACGCACAGAUGAGGCGCUUGAUGUGGAAGAAAAAACGAGUACAACUCAGCAGAGCAACCUACUAGAAACCGCACGAAAACUACUUGGCCAGCAGCGGCUCUUACCCCAAUUUCUGCGCUCCCUCACCAGGUUCAUUUGUUGUGGGCGUCGUUCGACACAACCAGGCGACGCUUCGGCCCCGGGGAAGGCAGCAGAUUCUUCUGUGGAGCUUACUAGUGCAGCAGACAGGAGUCCGGGUCUAAAGACGACCAAUGUACUAAAAGACGCAGUUGCAGAUCGAAUAGGUUUGGCACGCGGUACUGAUUUGAACCUGCACAUUGCCGCCUGGGCGCCGCGCGACAUUGCCCUCAAAGUCACGAUCGGUGCUCACGAUUUCCUAGGUGGCCCGGUCGAUGGCUCUGUGAAUACCUUUCCGGGAGGUAGUACUUCUUCCUCUUCUACUUUGGUUAAGGCUAGUCUUUUAAUGGUCCAUCCUUCCCUAGAAGAGUUCUGACAAAUCUGUUGUCCCGUACAAGGGAAAAACAGAUCCGAGAUGAAGUAUCCAAAGACGGAAGGAUUCAUUGGGGUGAGAUCUAACUUAAAAGGUCCCCAAGGGGAAAGAAUGGCAAGGAAUGGUGGAGGUCUCGGAGUAGAAGAUCCGGUAAUGGCGGUUCUUGGCCGCGGCGCUCCUUGGGGCACGCUCCGUCGCAAUGUUUGGGAGAGGUUGAUGGAUGAGGUCACGCGUGGAGAGAUAGCCAGAGCACCAGAGCGACAGGAGCGAGUACCUGAAGAAGACGCAAUCUUGGAGAUAGCGCGACCACCUCCUGUUGACGAUGGUCGCGCUCUUGGACGAGAGCGAGAGGGUGGUGGAGACCAUGACGAAACAAACAGUACGGAUGAAGAACUGGCGGAUGCGCGGCGCCGGUUAUAUCGUCGUGGGAUGAAUGGGCGAGCAGUGCGAUUGCUGGCCGAUUCUCCCGAAAUGGAACGGAGACUCUCGCAGCGGCGCAGCUCACCGUCGAGCAUUAAGGGUACUGGAAAUGAACCAAAAUCACUUCAUACAUACACGCUCCAGCAACUGCGGUAAAACAGAUUAUAGAAACCAAGUGAUUCCAUUAAAACAGACGUUAAUAUUGUGUGGGUCCAUUCGAAGGUCUAUUGUUCAUCACUAACGUAUCCACCUGUUCUUACCGAUAAUGGUUUUGCCUUUCUCAUAACGGUGAGUAGAGGCAUAACAAUUUAACUAACGGAGGAACCGAAAACCAAAGGCCUACUUCUAAGAUCAGGAGGAGCUUAGCUGAAAGAAGACAUCUUUCUAGUUCUUCAAGCACGUCUACUGUAGCAGACCGGAUGAAGAAGAAGAAAAAGAAGAAUGCUAAUCAUGUUAAGGGUUUUCACAUUGCAUGAUCCUGUGCCACAACCAUUUUUGACUUGUUUCCCUUUCCCCAUAGGAAAGAAGUCAAGGAUGUUCUGAGGUCAAUACAAUGCCGCAACCCCAACCACUAAUCGUGCUGAAAAAACACCUGGAGGAGUGAGUUGGUAUCGAUGGAGAGAGCAUGCCUUUGGUUUCUCCUCCAAUCCAGACCUAUUCUUACGGUACGCGGAUUCGCGGCUCGCUUUUUUCGGCACGGAGAUGGACUCGAAUGACCGUCUCAGCUGUUAAGGUCAGCGUUCAUCCAUCUGUAUCAGCAUCUCGAUACCCUGUAGUCCCCUAGUAUUUCAUGGGAUAGGGGUCGGGAUGAGGGGACCUCCAAGAUGAAUAAAAAAAGCUGACUCUAAAGCUGGAACCUAGAUCGCGGAGAAUCGACUGGCGGAUGGCGAGCAGGUGUGGAGACGGAGCUCGGAGACGAACCCAGGAGGUGGCAUAAAUUGCUUCUUUAUCGCAUGUAGGAUCUUCGCAUGAUUUUUUACUGUGGCAGUGGUAAUGGUACUUAGGUUAUUCGCCAACUACUAAUUUAACAGGUGGUACUAGUGGUGAAUUCGCCAAGCAUGUCUCAUCUUCCGACGCUAUGCUUUCAUUGAUUUCAUGGCUUCCAUGCUGACAUAAUCACAAUAAAAGAAACACAUCCACCACCUUGGUUUCUCCCCUCAGUCCUAGAUAGAUUGGUGCGGAAAAAUCUCUUGGUGCUCAGCAGGAUAAAAAUGAACAAGAUGAUGGCCCAAAAGU